AUGGCGUCCAUGGAGGAAGAGCUGACCUGCUCCGUGUGCCGAGACUGCUUCAGCAAAUCCCACCCUCUGCCCUGCGGUCACAGCUUCUGCCCCACCUGCAUCCGCGAGGCCUGGAGCGGGCAGGGCGAGGUCAAAGGUCGCUUCAACUGCCCCCAGUGUCAGGAGGAGCACGGGGAGGUGCUGUGUGACUGCUGCCCUCCAGAGGAAGCGGAUGAAGGAAAGCCACAAUUGGCCGUCAAGACCUGCCUGAGGUGUGAAGUGUCGCUGUGUGCCCUACACCUCCAAUCCCAUCUGGAGAGACCGGCGUUCAGCACCCACCUGCUGGUGGAUCCGCUGGGGGACCUCUCCCAGCGAAAGUGCCAGACCCACCAAGAGAUACUGAGAUACUACUGCGCCGAUGACAGGGAGUACGUGUGUGGAGACUGUCUGCUGGAUGGAAGCCACGCUCAGCACAAAGUGAAGGCGCUGAGACAGGUGGAAGAGGAUCUGAAGGUCAUUCUCCAAACCCUACUAGGCAAAGCAGAGGAGAAGAUGAAAGAUGGAGAGCGAAUCCUCAAAGAGCAUGAGUGUAUUGAUUCAACCAUGGCUGACUCCCUGAUGGAUGACAUCUCCCAGGUGGAGCGGCUGGGCUCAGACCUGCAGAUCCAGGUGACGAAGCUGGUGGGCGCUCUGAGGGAGAUCACCAAGAGGGAGAGGCAGCAGGUGAUAGAGCGAAUGCAUGAAGACUGCUCCAAGGUGAGAGACGGCAUGAGCCAGGCGCUGAGCAUCCAGUACUACUUGGCCUCGCUGCUGUCAGAGACCGACCCCUUCCUGCUCAUCUGGGCCUUUCAAUCGGACGACACAAAGUUACUAGCAGACCUGGACAGCCCAGUUUAUGUCCCUGAUGCCGUCAGUCUGGACAGGAAACACAUCUUGGAGGACAUAGAGAGCAAGUAUCGAGAUUUCAUAACCGGCACCCUCCGCUGCCUCAGUGAACUCAAGAGGGAGCUCUUAACCAGUCGUUUGACUCUGGACACUUACACAGCCCAUCCUCUGUUGAGCAUCUCUGAUGACCUUCGCUCCGUGACACGGGUACGAAACCGCCAACCCCACCCUGCUCACCCCGAACGUUUCGACCACUGGCCGCAGGUCCUCACCGCCCAGACCAUCGCCUCUGGGACUCACUACUGGGAGCUGGAAGCUGAGGGAUUCUGGGACAUUGGCGUCAGCUAUAGAAGUAUUCGGCGGAAAGGCAAAGAGGGUAACGCCUUUGGGAACAAUAAGGUGUCAUGGAGUUUGACGCAGCAGCACGACAGGAAGUUGGCUGCUUGGCACAACCGCAGGAAGACCCGCCUUACGUACCAAAUGACCGGCAACCGUGUUUCCGUCACCGUGGACUACGGAGCGGGCACCAUCACCUUCUCCGAGGUGGAACCAUCCAACCACCUGACCCACCUCCACACGUUCUCCACCACGUUCACUGAGCCCGUGUGCUUGGGCUUUGGACUCUACAAAGCUGAGCUCAACAGUCACAUCACCAUCCUCAAAGUCUGAGGCGGAAAUAAAGGCAAAGGGGGACGGA